GAAUCUGUAUACUCCUGUGCACAAGGAAAAUUUGGCGCAACUUACCUUAGCAAGGCGAUUUAAAUUUUGCCCCUAAAAUGUGACCUUUUUUAAGCUGAAUAAUGGAUCUCACCCCGCUUAAAUUGUACAGAAUGUCACGACCACCAGCCAAGAAACGAUGUCAUACAAAUGAAGAGGAUAUUAGAGAAUUUAGAGAAUACUGGACUGAAAAAUUUGGCAUGAUUAAGAAAGAUAAUAAAGCAUUAUGCAUUUUAUGUUCUGAAUCAGUUGUUUGUAGGACUUCUUCUGUGAAGAGACAUUUUGAAACUGUUCAUAAAAACUUAAGUAAUGUAACUGAGCAAGAACGAAGAGAAUUAAUUUCUCGUGAAAUGAUUAAGACAAAAAAACAGUCUGAUGUUUUGAUGAAAUUUAUUUCAGGUAGGCCAAGUUCCAACUUAGUUGCUGCUGGUUUUGAGGUUUCAAAAGUUAUUGCCCAACAUGGAAAGCCACUCAGUGAUGGGGAGUAUAUUAAAGAAGCAUGGCUAGAAUGUGCUCCUUUCCUUUUUGAUAACCUUUCAGAAAAGGACAAGAUUAUUCAGCGCAUUAAAGAUUUGUCUGUGAGUAGAAAAACAGUUUAG